AUGAGUCGUAUAUUAUCGAUAUUUCUCUCAUUCUUAUUGACAGCACAGGCUGCUGGUCUAUCGAUUGGUAUUACCACUAUUAUGCAAUGUGGCAAGAAUGAAAAAUAUGCAUGUGGAUCAACCUGCAUCGAAACAUGUACGUACAAACCAGCGAUUUGUGUGAUGAGCUGUGAAUUUGGUUGCUUCUGUGCGAAUGGAUACGUACGCCAAUCGAGUAGCACUGAUAGUCCUUGCAUUAAACGUAAAGAAUGUUCAAAAAUCGUUAUUACACCGGUUUGUGGCAAACAUGAAGAAUAUCUAGAAUGUGGUUCUGCAUGUCCUCCGACUUGUGAUGAUCUACGUUAUCCAGUACCAAAACCACUCAAACUAUGUAUUGAUUUAUGUAAAUCAGGGUGUUUUUGUACGAAGGGUUACUAUCGAGCAGCAAACGGUCAAUGUGUUGAACCAGAAAAAUGUUGUGGUUCAAAUGAAAGAUAUAACGCCUGUGGUUCAGCCUGUGUUGAAACCUGUAAUAAGAAACCUACAGGAUGUACAAAGCAAUGUGUUGCUGGUUGCUUUUGUGGUUGUUCUGAUUAUGUUCGUCAAAGUAAUACUACUGGUAGUGCUUGCAUACAUCGUGAUGAUUGCCCAGCUUAA